AUGUCAUCGAUUCCAUUAUUUAAAUGCCAGAUAAACACAGACGAUAUAGAUUUCAUUGGCAAUAUUCUUAAAAACCAAAACUUUAUUCAACAGUCUACGUUGUCGACAUUUAUCAGAUCAUAUAUAGAUUAUAAUAUUCAAGUUGAUUUAUCUCAAUCAUUUGAAUUUCCAUCAAUUAUUUGUUGUUGUUCAACCGUAUCGGUAUCAUUACCUAAAUUAUUAUCAUUGUUAAAACCCAAAUCUUCUUCUACAAUUGACCUUAUUGUUUUAAAUCAAUCAUCUGAUCAUAUAGAUUGGAAUUCUUUAGUUAAUCUUAUAUCUACAUACAAUUUAUCAUUAUAUAUUGUUAAUGAUGAAUAUGAUUUACUUAAAAAGCUUUAUGAAAUAAUAAAUAAAGUAGCUGAACACAAAAUUGAGAAAAAAUCUAUUUCAAUGAAUCAUAUCCAUCUGAACUUACAGGAAAAUAUCCAGGAACGAGAAAAUGUUUUUUAUCAUGUUUCAAAACUUACGCGUGAAAAACGUGCAGCAGCACUAGGACAACGUGGAGCAUUUCGCGGUUCGACUGUUUGGUUAACUGGACUUUCGGGAGCUGGCAAAUCGACCAUAGCUUUUGCAUUAGAAGAAUAUAUUGUAAGCAAAGGUUUACCAGCGUAUUGUCUCGAUGGUGAUAAUAUUCGAUGUGGUCUUAAUAAAAAUCUUGGAUUUUCUGAUAGUGAUCGUUUUGAAAAUAUACGACGUAUUGCUGAAGUUGCAAAACUAUUUGCUGAUGCUGGUCUGAUGUGUAUUGUUGCUUUUAUUAGUCCAUUUGAAGAAGAUCGAGCAUCUGCUCGAAAAUUACAUGAAAGUUCACAAAUUCCAUUUAUUGAAGUUUUUGUUAAUACUCCAUUAUCUGUAUGUGAACAGCGAGAUACGAAGGGCUUAUAUCAAAAAGCACGAAACGGAUUACUUAAAAACUUUACAGGUAUUGAUGCACCGUAUCAAGCACCAGUACAUCCUGAUGUCAUCGUUGAUACAAGUAUAAUAUCUAUCGAUCGUUCUCUUGAAAUGAUUAUAGGAAAAUUAGCUGAACGUCAUGUUUUAUCACCAACAUUAAUUCUUGCUGUACGUGAACUUUUCAUGGAUGAAGAUAUGCGUGAAAAAGCAUUAGAUGAAUUUCCAAAAUUAGAUAAACUUGAUAUUACUGAAUUAGAUUUACAAUGGAUUCAAGUAUUAAGUGAAGGUUGGGCAACUCCACUUGCUGGUUUUAUGCGUGAAGUAGAAUACUUACAAUGCUUACAUUUUGGUUGCUUAAUGAAAGGUCAUGUUGAAAAUCAAACCAUUCCAAUUGUUCUACCAUGUACAACUGAAGAUAAAGAACGUCUAAAAUCAUCUUCAAAGAUUGCUCUAUGUUAUAAUGAAAAAUUUGUUGCUAUUUUAAAAAAACCUGAAUUUUAUGAACAUAGAAAAGAAGAACGAUGUUCAAGAAUUUUCGGUACUACAAAUCCUGAACACCCUCAUAUUAAAAUGAUUCUUGAAAGUGGUGAUUGGUUAAUUGGUGGUGAUCUUGAAGUACUUGAAAGAAUUCAAUGGAAUGAUGGUCUUGAUCAAUUUCGUUUAACACCAAAUGAAUUACGACAACGUUUUCGUGAAAUGAAAGCUGAUACUGUAUUUGCUUUUCAACUUCGAAAUCCAAUUCAUAAUGGUCAUUCACUUCUUAUGCAGACAACCCGUCAAUUGUUAAUUGAUCGUGGAUUUCAUAAUCCUGUUCUUCUUCUUCAUCCUUUAGGUGGUUGGACGAAAGAAGAUGACGUUCCAUUACCUGUACGUAUGGCUCAACAUCAAGCUUUUUUAAAUGAAGAUAAAGAUGAUAAACUUGAUCGUUCUCGAACUGUUCUUGCUAUAUUUCCAUCACCAAUGAGUUAUGCAGGUCCAACUGAAGUACAAUGGCAUGCUAAGGCUCGUAUGUGUACCGGAGCAAAUUUUUAUAUUGUUGGUCGUGAUCCAGCUGGUUUACCACAUCCAUCUAAUAAAUCCAAAGAUCUCUAUGAUCCAACUCAUGGUGCAAAAGUUUUAACAAUGGCACCUGGUCUUAAUCAAUUACAAAUAUUACCAUUUAAAGUAGCUGCUUAUCAUCGUAGUUUGAAAACUAUGGCUUUUUAUGAUCCAAGUAAACAUGAUGAAUUUGAUUUUAUAUCUGGUACACGAAUGAGAAAGAUAGCUCGAAAUGGUGAACAACCUCCUGAUGGAUUUAUGGUACCAGCAGGAUGGAAAGUUUUAGCUAAUUAUUAUCAAUCAUUAGCAAAAGAAUCUGCAGAUACAAUGCAAAAUUAA